AUGCGGCCUUCCCGUGCAACAGCCCCAGCUGUGGUCCUCGGGGCCUGCGCCCUCCUGGUGUUGCCAGCGAGCCUCAGCUUCAGCGUCGGUGGCAUCCACUCCGCGAGGUGGGAGUCCCUCGCUACAACACAAGCUUUGAAAGCGCAUACGGUCCAGCGCGUGGCGAGUGGCUCUGGGCUGCCAGCGGCCACAACAUGCGGCAUCCUCGUGUGCGCCUUGGCUUCCGCAGCUCUCGCGCGCCGUGCAGUGCGACCAGCGCAAAAGAGCUACGUCAUCAGGCAAGCGGAGGAAGACAGUAUCCUGGGUGGCAUGCUUGGGGCAGUGAAAGAAGAUCAGGAGGAGGAAAAGCAGAUGAAAGAAGAGGGCGAAAUUCCAAAGCAGGGUCCUCCGAGUUCACAAGCUGACGAGAUGUCUUUGUACCUUGACAAGGAUAUCGAGGAAACAGAUCUCGAGCAGUACAUGGAGGAAUUCGAGGCUAGUCAGGACGAGUCACUCGAGCGGCUGAUCCGUUACGAUCUCUACCCCUCGAAGCAGUACAUCCUCUACUUGGCCAAGAUGAAUGCACGAAAGACUUGGACGAGAGAUGGUCCCGAUGGCAAGAACAUUGGCUGCCUUGAAGUUCAGAUUGCCAUCCUGACAGAGCGGAUCCGCAACAUAGUGCUACAUGCCAGGGAGUUCAAGCCUGACUUCGCCUGUCGUGUGAAGCUGGUGAGCCUGGUGGCCCGCCGCCGCAAGUACCUCGACAAGCUAGCACGCAAGAACCUGGACGCCUACAUGAAGAUCCGCGAGGAGCUGAAGAUUCGCCACGUGUACCGCUUGGAUGCAUUGGUCGGCCGGCUGGGUGACUACGUCUAUCCGCUACGUGACCGCCCUCGGGCUCCAGGUCGCAAGACCUUGAACAGGCUGAAGAAGUCCAAGAGGUUGAUGAGCAACCGCCUGGCCAACUACUUGCGACAGGGCAAGGAGCACAAGAUCAUUCACCGAGCCCAGAAGAAGCUGAAUGCUCGCCGCUGGCUGGCGCGUGCCUACGACGAAGCCGCUUUGAUGGUUGCCGACAGGCCUGUCACCACCACGGUUGAUCCGCUGAACCUGCCCUGA